CACUCAGGACCGGUGGCGCGCGCUCACAGACUCCCACUCAGCCACUCAUACACACACGCACACACUCACUCACACAUACACGCUCCCCAAACAAAGAGAAGCACGCGAGGCAGCACAGCAUCCCACCCUUUCAGCCGCGAGCUCAAUCACUUGCAGAACAGAACCGCCCCCCUCCCCUAAAAUCCCUCUCAGACAGAACCGGACCGGUCCGAGGCUCGAGCGCACAGAACCGACAAUGACAACCAACGGCGCGACUAACGGAACCAGCGACAUGCUGCAGAUCCAGUUCGGUCUGAUCAACUGCGGGAACAAAUACCUAACGGCAGAGACCUUCGGCUUCAAAAUCAACGCGUCCGCCACGAGCAUGAAGAAGAAGCAGAUCUGGACUCUGGAGCAGAGCGGCGACGACUCCAGCGGGAACGUGUUCCACCUCAAGUCACAUCUGGGCCGGUACAUCGCCGCCGAUAAGGACGGGAACGUUACCGGAGACAGUGAGACCCCAGGCCCGGAGUGCCGGUUCAUCAUCACCGCCCAUGAUGACGGCCGCUGGUCUCUGCAGUCCGAGCCGCACGGGCGCUACCUGGGCGGCACCGAGGACCGGAUCAUCUGCUUCGCCCAGACCGCCUCUGUGGCGGAGAAAUGGAGUGUGCACAUCGCCAUGCACCCGCAGGUGAACAUCUUCAGCCUGACGCGCAAGCGGUACGCGCACCUGAGCGCCAAGGUGGACGAGAUUGCCAUCGACCGGGACGUCCCGUGGGGGGUGGACUCCAUGAUCACGCUGGUGUUCCGCGAGCAGCGCUACCACCUGCAGACCUCCGACAACCGCUUCUUGAGGAACGACGGCGCGCUGGUCGCCACCACGGACAAGAGCACGGGCUACACGCUGGAGUUCCGCUCCGGUAAGGUGGCCUUCAGGGACUGUAGCGGCAGGUACCUCGCGCCCUCCGGGCCCUCCGGUACCAUGAAGUCCGGCAAGAGCGCGCGCGUGGGCAAAGACGAGCUGUUCGUGCUGGAGCAGAGCCACCCGCAGGUCGUGCUCACCGCUGCCAACGAGAGGAACGUCUCUACCCGGCAAGGUAUGGACCUGUCAGCCAAUCAGGACGAGGAAGGCGACCAGGAGGUUUUCCAGGUAGAAAUUUGCCGCGAAAACAGGAAGUGUGCGUUUCGAACUGCUGCUGGGAAAUACUGGACCCUCACUGCUAAUGGCGGCCUGCAGUGCACCGCCUCCACCAAGUCAGCUAAUUGCUACUUUGACAUUGAGUGGCGUGGGAAGAGGCUGACUCUCCGGGCCGCUAAUGGGAAAUAUGUCGCCGCCAAGAAAAACGGCCAGCUAGCAGCCACCAUCGACUCCGCAGGUGAGACUGAGGAGUUUCUCAUGAAGUUGAUUAACCGCCCGAUCAUCGUGCUGCGUGGGGAGCACGGCUUCAUCGGCUGCAGGAAGGUGACAGGGACUCUGGACUCCAACCGCUCCUCCUACGACUACUUCACUCUGGAGUUCAGAGACGGAGCCUACAGCCUGCAAGACUCGACGGGUAAAUACUGGAUGGUGGGUAACGAGCAGUCGGUGGUGAGCAGCAGUGACACACCCGUCGACUUUCUCUUUGAGUUCUGCGACUACAACAAGCUGGCCAUCCGCCACGCUGCCGACAGCAAGUACCUCCGCGGCGACCACGCCGGUGUGCUGAAGGCCAACGCUGACGACCUGGAGACCGCCACGCUCUGGGAGUACUGAGGGAAGCGGGGGAAACCGCGGCAACGGGGAUGCAGUCGCCCACUGCUGCGAUGCUGAUGAAUGAAUGAAGUGUGGCAACGUGGCACGGCAGCACUGCCCGUCCAUACAUCUACCUAUCCACCACCCUCUCCCCCUUCCCCUCCCAUUCCUUAUAUUAUAUCCUGUACUUAUGACUUUAUUUGUUGAUAAACUGCAUAGAGAGGACAGGAAGGAUAGAAGAAGGAGGAAGGAGACUCUUCACUCACUCCUGCCUUCCUUUCCCUUUUAUUCUUCCGUCCUCUCUUAUCCAGCUCUGCUCUGCAGUGCCGACCUUUAUCUGUUGCCAUAGUUACCAUGGGGCUGUGCACUUUUUCUGCUCCGAUCUGGUUCGCUGCUUGACCUGUCACUCACUCCCUCCUCCUCCAGAGCAGAGCCAUGUUUAAAGAGCCCCCUCCUCUCUGAACCCCCUCCUCGUCCCUCUACCUGUCCCUGUUGUCUGUGUGAGCAGUGCAUGGUGGCAGUAUUUAUGGUGUCUGACCUGGUCUGGUGGAGCAGUUUCUACCUGAUCGAAUCUCCCUAAACUCACAGACUCACUCCUGGUUUAAAUCUGUUUCAGCUGCUUCCUGUUGGCUCAAUAUGAACGGUUGAAAAAGUGGGUCUGGUUUUUUUUUCUUUGUUUGUUUUUUUUUUGUGGUUGGUCAUGUGGAAACGGAUUUUCUGCUUCAAUCAGACCAGGCUGAGUAUGUUUGUUUUCAUGAGCAGGCCUCGUUGCCUCUGUGUGAUGACUACGUGAUAUAACUGGAGUAGAUCUUAUGAUGAUAAAGAUAUCGAACAUGAAGUAACUGAUGGGUUUAACAUCCCCUCUCUUCAUCUCAACUGUAAAAUAUUGAAAUGUAAGCCAGUUUCCUGUGUUGUUCUCUAGCUGUGUUCUCUUUGGUCGGCGGGGAGUCCAAUUUCCUGGACCAAACAGGAUGUAGGAAGUUAAAACACUUAUCCUCCUUUUCCCCGCUCCACAAGAAAAACCUAUUGUCCCGAGAACAGUAUAAAGAAAAUUAUAAAAAAAAAAAAAAAUUAAAUAAAAAAAAAAUGGUGCGGUCACUGAUGUUUACUGCACUUACAUGUCUUAC